AUGAAGAUCUUCUGGCUGGAACAAGGAAUCAAGUACUACAACCGUGCCAGCUUUUCUCUCCCCGACCCCGAUAAACCUGGUGUCGCACUUGCUGCACCUAAGUCCGCUACCCUAGAUAGCACGUCUAAUAUUGACUCUAUUCCUGGGUCCCUUCCCCAAUCUGCAAUCGAGGUACUUUAUCAAUACGGCUGCGAUCAUCAGCGCUCUGGUGCCAUUGCUCGACUUUCUCCCACCGAGCCGGCUGAUCAGGCUAGUUUAUCUGACGAUGAAUCUCACCAAGUAGAAUCUAGAACCGGUGCUAUCGUUGCACCCCGAUUCAGUUAUCGUGACCCUGAUCACGCUGCUCAGCUUGACGAACCUGCUGCCCGGGGUAGAGCAUCUGAUAAUGAGCGUCACUAUGGGUUUCUUCCUGACUCUGCAAUCGCAAAACGUUUUGCAGCAAGAUCUAGUUAUGAUGGCUUCCGCAGCAUCAUUCCAUCUGAACACAUUGGACCUGCUGCCUGGGGUGGUACAAUUAAUGGCUAUCUUCAUGAUGAUCUCACUGAAAUACUCGCCGUAUUACUUGAACACGACUAUGGUUUUGAUCGCCCUAACCCCAUUGCCCAGCUUGCAUUCCCCGAGUCUUUUAAUACUCCAAACUAUCCUGUUGUCCUGAAAAGUGCAAAUAAUGGCUUUGUCCAGGGAGAUCUCGCUGAAUCUAGAAUCGAUGGCUCAUCUCUGUCAUGCUCUCGUUACAUUUUUUCUAAGCCCACUUGUCGGCUUGAUGCCUAUGAACCUGUUUUCCGAGGUGACAUGACUAAUAAUGGCACCGUUGAGAGAUAUCGUGAACUCGCUGCACCAGCAUCAGUCUCUGGUUCAAUUGGUUCCCCUGGUCAUCCGUCUGGUAGCACUCCUUCUGAGAGUAUGACUCUCGUAAUCGAACACCUGCUCGAUCAUUUUGAGGAUCCUUUUGUUUCUCUUGACGGAGAUCAAGACUCUAGAUCGGAAUUCAUGACGAAAAUUCUCUCAUGCCUUCCUUUGCACCUACGAAAUACCAGAGUCUAUCACCAGCAUUUGCAGCGAAGGAGAAAGAGGAUCAUCAUUGAUAGAGAUCUUUUGCCUAAUCCUGUCCAUGUUACCGAUGAGUUGUCUGGACUUGGACCUCCUGGCGAUGAGGUCGCAUGGAAGUUAGUCGAUUUUCCUUCUGAUUAUCAUUAUGAACCUUUCAUGUUUUCGGGUUACAAUGGCCCUAAUGAGGAAGGCUUGGUUCAAGAUGAGUCCAGCGUUGAUGGUCAUUUCAGACAUGGAUCCCCACUUAGAAACAUCUGUGAUCCUUACAACAAUGGUUCUGUCGAUAACCAAAAUCGCGACAAAGAUCGUGGAGACCGCAUGCCCGCUUUUGAGGAUGGCCCUGGCCUUGCUGUAUCCAAUAACGAUGAUCGUUUCACCCAUGAAGCCAGCCCCGGUCAAGUUCGUGGAGCUCAACGUAAUAAUUUUGAGGACAGCACUGAGCCUACAGAAUACGGUCUCAAUGUUCAUCUCAUUUUUCAAGUUAGCCCUGGUGGAGGGAAUGGCAACUCUUUUGAGGACAGUACUAAUCUGGAUGGUAAUGGAGACCUUGACGAAUAUCUCGGAGAACGCAACCCAGUUCAGGACGCCCUUGUCCUAGGAGAUCUUCGUAACGAUGAUCAUUACAUUUAUCAAUUUCACCCUAAUCAAGGUCACGGAACUAAUGAUCCCUUUGUGAGCAACCAUUUUCCAGGUGGAUACGAUAUUUCCGGCCUUACCCGUGGAACUGGACGUGACUUUGUCAUUUUUGAGGACAGUCCCAUUGCUAGUGAAUCUGAUUCUGUCAGUCGACCCCACCUUGAUCUAGGCUGUAGAACUGAACGCAACCCCUUUGCGGACGAUCACGUUUCAAGUGAAGAAGAUAUUACUGAUCUCCCCGAUGGAGCUGAGCGUGGUCCUUUUGACGACAGUACUAUUACAAGUGCUUACGAUAUCCUCGAUUUUCCCGCUCAGCAAGCUAGCAACUUUUCCCAGGUCACUACUUUUGGGAGUGAGGAAAUUGUCGACGCUAUUGUCGAUGAUGUAGUCACAUUUGCCGAAUAUUGUGAGAAUGGAAGUCUAGGAGAAAGCGCUUACGGUGUCGACGAUGAGAAUUCGAACUCAGUCCCGAUUAAAUCAUCAAAAUACCCUCGCCGUGCUGUCCAGAUUUCAUUUGGUGGGCUUUAUAUUUGUGAGAUUUGUGGGUUGGUCGUUUGUCACUGCCCUUAUGAAAUUGGACCCGACGAGACUCCAGACCCGAUCAGACAAUUUUUGAGCCAUCACCCUCGUGUUUGUGUUCCGCUAAACAAGAUCCACGUUUGUAGAAAUUAUGGACCUCUUGAUUACCGGUGCCUCUAUGGCAAGCAUCCGUCCAGUGGAACGCAUUUGCUUGGUUUUCUCGAUUCUGGACGGAAUGGGCCUUCUGAACGGACAGUCGAAGAUGCUAUUCAACAUCUUCGUACAAUCCGCUCUCCUACCUCUAUGACUACUUGUCUUGAGUGCUUCCUUCGCGGAUACCCGUAUGAUCAUCCGGAAGACCACUGUCCCUAUCGUACUGCCACAAAUCAUGGUUAUCCAUUCUAUGGUAUGCACGAUUUUCAGUGUUCUCAGGAGGCGGAAUUGACUCAAGACUACGAUUUCACUCCAACCCCUAAGUCCUACGUGUCUACCAUCCAGUCAUCAACUCACUCUGAGAACAACUCAGUUCUAAAUGCUGAUGAUAUAGAAACUUCUAACAAGACAGUCGUCUCGUCGACUCCACCUGAGAAUGUAACUCCCUGUGUCAAUGCCAAAGAAAUCACAGUUUCUAAUGAGUCUAUCAUCUCGUCGGCUCCUGCUGAGAGCGAUUCAGUUUCCUCCGCCAUUGAUAUAGAAAGAUUGAACAUGGGUAUUUAUUCACUCCACGGUCAUAUCGAAUCGAAUAUCUCGAAUCUCGAUAAAAUGAUCAACAACGUCAAAAUUAUCCAAGAGGCCCACAGAGCGCAUCAGCAUGCACACUCAUCUCCUCGGCCUGGAGAAGAAGAGGACCAAGAGUCUGAAAUGGACAUAGAUGAGUCUGGCAACAUCUAUUUGAAGGAAACCAAAGCCCAGCGGAUCAAGCGCCUACGUGCUGAUAACUGGAGCAAGGUUCUGGUUCCCUGGAAGGGCCCGGAAUAUUACCAGAAGUUAUGCGACAUCAUCAUACAAGAAAUGGAUGAGAGACACUAG